AUGGUGAAUUAUGAGACAGCUGGGUUUGAGAGAGCGGUGUUUGAGAGAGAGGUGUUUGAGAGAGCGGUGUUUGAGAGAGAGGUGUUUGAGAGAGCGGUGUUUGAGAGAGAGGUGUUUGAGAGAACGGUGUUUGAGAGAGCGGUGUUUGAGAGAGAGGUGUUUGAGAGAGCGGUGUUUGAGAGAGCGGUGAAGAUGGAGGCAGCUGUUUCUGUCCGCACCGCGUCAGUCUCAGGUCGAGUCUCAGUCAUGAACUCCAACUUGACGCGUGUCCAGCAGAGGGCGCUGUGCCGUGAGCUGGGAGGAGGAGUGAAGCUGAAGCUGCUCUUCAAAGCCUCCAUCCACGGCUUCAGCAGCGCCGCCUUCCACCAGCGCUGUGACGGCCGCGGCCCCACGCUCUCUGUGGCCUACAACAGCUCCGCCCACGUGUUUGGAGGAUUCACCACCGCCGCCUUCGCUCAGACAAAUGGAUAUGUCAACGACCAGAAGGCCUUCCUCUUCAGCUUCAGAGGAGACCAGCUGCUCAAGUAUCCGACCACUAACUCUGCUUAUGCUGUGAGAAUGGUUGCUACGGCUGGUCCGUAUUUUGGAGAAAGUCUGAUUCUAAUGAAUCAAAGCCAAGCUGCGGUCCACAGUGCUCCAGGAAACUACUACAAUUUUCCCGCUGAAGAAAUGCACGGCAACGACCUGCAGCUGCUGGAGUGCGAGGUGUACCAGGUGGAAGAGAGCAGUGAGCUGGACCGGCCCUGGAGGCCCAUGGUGUGGCUGCCACAGAGGAGGCAGGAGCUCAUGGACACUAUCUGCUCCUACAAGCCCCUGUGCAGCUCUGUGUCCCAGGUCAGAGUGCUGGUCGUGGGGCCGGUGGGGGCCGGCAAGUCCAGCUUCUUCAACUCCAUCAACUCAGUGUUCAGAGGUCAUGUGACCAGCCAGGCCAUGGCGGGCAGCAGCGGCACCAGCCUCACCACAAAGUUCCGUACGUACUCUGUGAAAAAUGGGCGUCAGGGAAAGCCGCUGCCAAUCAUCCUGUGUGACACCAUGGGAUUGGAGGACAGCAUGGGGGCGGGACUUGAUAUAGAUGACAUCAGCAGCAUCCUCAAAGGCCACACCCCAGACGGGCACCAGUUCAACUCGUCUGCGCCUCUUCACUCUGAGUCUCUUGGUUAUCGCUCGUGUCCAGAGCUGCAGGACCAGGUCCACUGUGUGCUCUUCAUCCUCGACGCCACCUCCGUCUCCAUGAUGCCCGAGAAACUGGAGGCCAAGCUCAGUGCGGUGCGAAGGAAGGCCAACCUGCUGAAUAUCCCUCAACUCACUCUCGUCUCCAAAGUGGAUGAAGCGUGUCCUUUAGUGAAAGAAGAUCUGACCAACGUCUACAAGAGCGGAUUCAUAAAGGAUCUGAUGCAGGAGGCCGCGGUGCGCCUGGGGCUGCCUCUGUCCUGUGUCCUGCCUCUGAAGAACUACAGUGAGGAGCUGGAGCUGGAGGUGUGUGUGGACGUCCUGCUGCUGACCGCGCUGCAGCAGACUCUGCGCUUCGCCGACAACUACUUCGACGACCUCAGCGACCGCCUGCAGCGCUCCAGAGUCGCCAACGCCACGCCCUGA